UCACCAACUGUCCUCUUUUCAUUGAUUUCUCAGAUGCUGCCAGGGUAGAUAACCUAUCUCUGAAGAACUCAGGGAAGGAAGGGCAGCCUUUUGCCUGAGCACUUUUUCCCACAUUUGACAUGUACAGGGAAUGAAGACCUGGCCCACCAUGCUUGGAACAAGGAAAUUGUUUUGGGUCCUCUUCCUGACCCUACGUCUGGGCCUCCAGAGCAUCCAUGGGGAGCAGUCCUGUGCUGUACAACUUAACAUUAGGAGACAGUCAGAACACACUGUUUCAGCAAGAACAUCUUUUCAAAUGGAAUGCCCUGUGAGAUACUGUGGCCACAGACCUAACGUGACUUGGUGCAAGUUGAAUGGAACAAACUGUUACCCUUUUGAGGACAACCUUCGCCUAUACACGAGUUGGCAAGGAGGGCUCAAUAAGUCGAUUUUUAUGCUACAUUUUGAACCAGUGCUUCCAGGUGACAAUGGUUCAUACCGCUGUUCUGCAAAUGUCUCUUCUCAUCUCAUUAAUUCCCACUCAACAACCAUCCAUGUGACAGAUGUAACCAGUGCCUCAGGACCACCCUCCAAAGAAGAGAUGGCGGAUGGGCUAUGGGUCCUCUACAGUGUGCUUCCUUUGGGGGCAUUUCCUCUGCUUGUCAUUGCCUGUUUUUGUCUGUUCUGCUGCCUGAAAAGGCAACAAGGUAAAAGAAAGAAGCCUUCUGAUAUGGCAGAAAGGGAAAUUAACAUGGUAGAUAUUAUCCAGCCCCUUAGGAGUGAGCAAACAGAAGCGAACACCAAGAAAAAUUCCCGAACACUGUCAUUGGAAGCUGAAAUUUAUGACAAUGACCCCUGCUUUAGGACACAAGAAGGGUCUGAAGUUUAUUCUAAUCCACACUUGGAGGAACACAAGCAGGCCAUUGUUUAUGCUUCCCUGAACCAUUCUAUUAUCAGAAUGAACCCAAGACAGGCAAGAAAUGUGGAAGAAGCGCCGACGGAAUAUGCAUCUAUAUGUGUGAGAAGUUAAGUUUGGUCUUGAUACCAGGCGGAGCGAUCAAAGCAUCAUUGCCAUUAUCUGACCUGAACAGGACAUCCAGUAACGUUUCUCAACUUAGGGGAUUUUCACUUUAAAGUGGCUCUUAUUGGUGCUUGGAUCUUAAUUGUCUCGAAAGCAUAUGAUGAAACUUUCUCCUGAAAAGGUCUCUAGAGAACUUCUAUACUAUAGAACUGGACAACAAAUAUUUUCUCUAGGACAUUUAAUCUUAGUUGUAUUUUACUGAC